CAUAUGAACUACCUUGCACUUUGGCCCCUUCAGUUUCAUUGCAUGAAGGUUCUGGAUUGUUAGAUUGUGAAACUAAAGAUUCACAAACCAUACGGCAUGCGGAUAGUAAAUUAGCAAAAAAUCGUCUUCCAUUGUAUAAUAGUUUUUUCCCUGAAUUAGUUCAGAUUCAAACACAUUUAGAAGAUUUUUCUUUAUGUGAAAAACAUUAUAACCAACUUAUUAUAUCCGAUUUCUUACGGCAAGUUCUUUUAAAUGCAAAUUAUUCAAAUAAACAAAAUCGACAAGCAUAUUAUCUUGAUCUUGAAAAUGAAUUGGUUGAAAAGCAGGCUCGUACGGAGCAUGCAUAUGAAAUGGAAGUUGAAAAAAAUACUUGUGAAAUUGGCGUUCAAACUGAUGAAAUUGAUAAUACGUCGCAUACCCUUGAAAAUGAUAUUUUUCUGCUUCAAGCGCAAUUGAAUAUAAAAGUAAGCGAGAUAGAAAACCUUAAAAAACAAUUAGAAUACGCUUAUGAUUAUGUAGUAGAGAGUUGGGGACAAAUUCAGGAAAUAAAUAAAAUAAAUAAUGAGCUAUCCGAAAAAAAUAAAGAGUUAAAAUCUAAAUGGGAAAAUCGGUUUAAUAGUCAAAAGAAAAGAAUUAAUUCGAUAGUUCAAAUUGCAAAUUAUGAACGUAAAAAUAUUUAUAAUGAUAUCGAAUCAUUAAUUUUAAAUAAACAACGAUUUUCUCUUAACA